AUUUUCUUGUUAACCCGAGUCUCUCAACUUAUCUGAUCUGCCUACUACUUUAAAAAAUUCAUGCACACAAAUAAAAAAAGAGAGAAAAAUAACACUUUUCUAGAAAUUGAUAACAAUAAUUUCCAUAUUGUCAAAACUCAAAACAAACAAUUAAAAAAGAAAACGAAAGAAAUUAAAAAACAAUAAAAUAAGAAUUUUUCCCCCUGGAAUGGGAUUGAAAAUGCAUGAAUCUUUUUUGAUUUGAUCCUUUCUCUUCAUAGUCCUUGGAUCUUUACCCUGUUUUUCAAUUCAUCUAUUUUUUCUCCAUAAUAACAACUUUUUUUAAAAAAAUCUCGUUUUUUUGUUCUAUGAUUAUUGAAGAGCUUCAAAUUCUGUGGACACAAUUGGAAGGUAGAAAGAUCUAAUUUUGAGCCUAACCCUCAAUCACCGGCUUCAAAUUAAAUUGUGGGUCGGUUUCAAUUUCUUUUAAAAACCGCAAAACAGUGAGAUUCACUUCGUUGCAGUGUUGGUCUCUAAGUGUGUGAAGGUUAUGGUGAUGAAGCGGCAAUGACGUGUGUGACAGAGAAAUGGAGGUUAGAUCAGAGGGUAAUCAAGUUAGGUAUUAUGAUAAGCUUCAUGCUCCUGUGAUUCCAAGGAGCCGUUUUCGUGUUUGGUUCAUUCGAGUUUGUUCAAGCAUUGUGUUGUGGACAUGUUUGGUUCAGCUUGUGACUGUGAGUGAACUUUGGCAUUUCAAUUUCUUUUCUGGCUUUACAAGUCGUAUAUAUAACACAACUCAACGUCCUCUUCAAGACGAUGUUAGAUCUGCUCCAUUGCCUCCUACUUUACUUCCUCCAAGAAAUUAUACUAGUAAUGGUUUUCUAAGAGUGUCCUGCAAUGGGGGCUUGAAUCAAAUGCGUGCAGCGAUUUGUGACAUGGUGACAGUUGCUCGGCUUUUGAACCUCACAUUGGUUGUUCCAGAGCUUGAUAAGAAAUCCUUUUGGGCAGACCAUAGUGGCUUCGAGGAAAUAUUUGAUGUAAGACAUUUCAUUGAUUCUUUACGAGAUGAAGUUCGAAUAGUGAAAAGAGUUCCCAAAAAGUUUAGUAGCAAAAAUGGAUACUCCACCCUGGAGAUGCGUCCUGUUAGCUGGUCAAAUGAAAAGUAUUACUUGGAGCAGAUUCUGCCGCUUUUUUCCAAGCACAAGGUGGUACACUUCAACAAAACAGAUGCACGCCUAGCAAAUAAUGGUCUCCCAAUUGAUCUACAGAAGCUUAGGUGUCGUGUUAAUUACCAGGCACUUAAAUUCACUCCUCAAAUUGAGAAUCUGGGGCAAAAAUUGGUUCAGAUACUUCGCGAGAGGGGACCUUUUGUGGCAUUGCAUCUGAGAUAUGAGAUGGACAUGCUGGCUUUCUCAGGUUGUACUCUUGGUUGCACUAAUGAAGAAGCCGAGGAUCUCAAGCGGAUGAGAUAUGCAUUCCCUUCAUGGAGAGAGAAGGAAAUAGUGUCUGAAGAGAGGAGAUCACAAGGUCUAUGUCCUUUGACACCAGAGGAGGCAUCCUUAGUUGUGCAAGCCUUUGGUUUUGACCGGGAGACACAUAUCUAUAUUGCAGCUGGUGAGAUUUAUGGCGGUGAACGUAGACUUGCGCAACUGAGAGCUGCAUUUCCAAGAAUUGUUAAAAAAGAGGCAUUGCUUGCCCUUGAUGAGUUGCAGCAGUUCCAAAACCAUUCAUCACAGAUGGCAGCUUUGGACUUCAUGGUUUCAAUAGCCAGUAACACCUUUAUUCCUACCUAUGACGGGAACAUGGCAAAACUUGUGGAAGGCCACCGCAGGGAUUCUGGUUUUAAAAAAACCAUCUUGUUGGACCGGAAAAAGCUUGUACAGUUGCUUGAUAUGCAUCAAAACGGAACCCUUCCAUGGAAUAAGUUUGCAGAUUCUGUGCGACAGGUUCAUGAAAAGAGAAUGGGACAGCCAACUUAUCGUAGGGUUAUUGUAGACAAGCCAAAGGAGGAGGAUUAUUUCUAUGCCAAUCCUCAUGAGUGCCUUUGUGAGGGAACAAAGUGUGAUGAUUUGCUAGAUCCUCAUAACUCUAGUCAAGUAAGAUGAGUACAAAAUUGUUGAAUGCAGAAAAUAUGCACCCUUAGCCCAACCAUAAGUGUGAAAGAGCAAUCUGAAAUUUGCUUAUGUUCUGUUUAAGAAUCCAUAUCAUGGGGAAUAAGUUCUUAUUGUGGACAUAUGACACUGAAUCUCUACACUUAUAGAUUUAUGUAUACAUAAUUUGUAGGAAAUCACGGGAAAAAAUAGAAAAAGGAAAUAUCUGUUUUAUAUUAAAGCUUGCAAAGACGUAUCUUCAGUUUACCCUUUAUUUUUUCCCCACAAAAUUCAUUGUAGUUGUAUUAUAGCAGUUUAUGUCCCAAUCCUGGAUUCCAAGCAUGAGUUCUAAAUUUCAUUUUCUAUGUAAUCACGACUGUCAACUGCUUUAUCAAUUAUCACCAGUACAGAAGUGUAAUUUAUAAUUUCAUUACAUUAGAUUUUCCUCUUUACAAGCUUGGGUUGUUAUAACUGGGACCGAGUCAAAAAUGUGACCAUCAUCCUCUUUAAAGAUUGAUUGAAUGCAUGGCAUGUGUUCAUUGAAGAA